GUUGACAGAUUGUGGUGUAUGUUUGAGUUGGCUGCCUUUUUGAAGAGUCGUGGUGAGGGUUCGAAGGCGUCUCUACAAAUUCGACCAACCGUACUGGGCCCUGGUGUGCUGGCUAUUGUACUAUCCGUAUCCACCUUCUUCAUCGUCAUUGUGGCCAUGUUCUCCUAUGGUUGGAAUCGACUGGACAUGAUGAUUGUCACCUGUAUGGCAGUCUUGGUGCUGACCUACCCUGCAGCUGCUGUCUUCCGCGACUACUUCCACAGUGUUCAGACGCUACAUGAUCAGCUCCAAAAUUUUCGUUUGGCGAACACGAAGUGCUACUGUUGCAGCGUUGGUCAUGUCACCGAGUCGGGUCAGCCCCUGCCUCUUUGCGACCGGCAGAUCCUCACAAAGUGCAUCGAAAUUUGGUUCGGGAGCCAUCAAAGCUUCGAGGAUGACGCGAGAUCGUUGGUGUUGGAAUCCUUUGCAGAUCAACUGGGUCGUCAUUAUUUCCCAUAUUGGUUGUGGCUGGUAGCAACGUCUCCCAUCUUUUGGGUUCUGUUGGAUAUCACGGUGGACCACAUACGUCUCGACCACAAGGAGAGAGACCGAUGGCCGUAUUGGUUCAUCUCUGCCUUGGGCUGGUGGAUGGGUGCAGUGCCGAGCUGUGCCGCUGCCUUCUUCUAUAGUUGCAAGCUCUUUAGCGCUCCACGGGCGAACAAGUGGAAUGAUCGCUUGAUGAAUCUGCUGGUGAUCCUGGUGAUGUUGCCCAUCUUCGCUUGCACCUUCCUGAUGAUUGAAGCCCUCUUCCAGUGGAUGAUGCCGCUGUCACCUUGGCUCUCAGCCACCAUUUCCAGCAGUUCACACAUUGCCCUGGCCAUCAUAGUCUGGAACGGACCAGCCUGGAUUGCGAAACUGCGCCAUGGCCGGGCGAAGUGACGGGGCUGAUCCAUGGCGCUGAU